GCUCACAAAUCGGUCACGGUCGUGCAUUUUGCUACAACUCCUGUGCUGCAAAUAAAAGAAAACUUCCCUUCGGUUUUAUUAGGCUUUUUUCGCACGACAACUUGAACUUCUCGGUACAGCACGGUGGAAAAUCCCAAUUCAUAAUCAUAGCUCUUGACCACUUCUUGCACCAGUCACUGACUCGUAAAAACUCAUCCCCGAUACUUAACCGAUAUCGUAAAUUUCCUGUGAGAACCUCACGUUUUACAAAAGCUUUUCUACCGCUUUUUUAUACAAAAAGACACGGAAAGUCUUUCAGAGCACUAGAUAGAAGGUUUGACUUCCCCUGUGCAUGCAUCGCAGUAGCUGCAUGAUCACUCAUCACCAAAGAAUUAGAAACCGGCACCGACAUGUGGUACCGAGAUAGAACAGAAGACAUUAAGUAGCACCGAGGACUAGUAACAGUAGCUAACAAACAUGACGACAAGCAAACAGCACAACGCUCACCUCCACAAUUUCUUCUCGGAGUUGCGGAAAAUUGAGGAGCAGCAACUUUUGCAAAUAAGGGGGGAAAACCAAAACGACCUCGAGGACCACGAUUAUAUUUCCAAACUCAAAAAUGCAGAACAUCAAGAUCAACUUCCUGUUCCGUACCCCGGACCGGACAUUUUGGAGUUCACGAAAUUGAACUUGCCCGAUGUAAUAUGGAAGAAAAAAACUGUGUAAGUGUAACCCUGUAAUGCAGAACAUGCACCAGAGUCACGCCUGUCAUGCCAGACAACCAUGAAGUCCUCUUUUCAUGUGUGUUUUCCCUUACAAGACGCGCAUCACAGGUUUUCUCUGUCAUGUAGAGCAAAUUUGUGAUGCUGCCAACCAAAGAAAGUUACACUAACACAGUUUUUUUCUUGGAUAUGUAAUUGCACGAGAAGGGAACAAAAACGAAUCGAAAUCCUUUGCUGAUCGUGAUGUACAAGUUCCAGUAGUAACGCGGACAUUUCUGUUGAAGGGUGACCGACGGGGUGGAGCGAAAAGCGCCACCAGUUCAUUGCCGCACGACACGCAGGGCAGCUCUUGGUCAACAACAACAUCUCCCGCAGAAGCCGCGGCCGAGCAGAUUUCUAUUUCCUCCGUUCACGAAGACAUCGCCCUCCUCCUCGAGGGGUUCUCUUGGGAGUAUGGCGACUUGCAAUUUGCGUUUCACCCCUCGGUGAAGCACGUGGAAAACUUGCAAAAUUUCGAACUCGCAAAUCAGACCCGGGAAUACACGAGGAUACGCGUUGUGGAAGUCCGGAUUUAUGAUUUUCAUUCGACACGUCGUGCGCGACGUUCUGGCACUGCCGCUUCCAGCGCUGAGCAGACCAGGACUCUGGAAGGGGAACUACAAGAAAACGCCUCGCCCUCGGUUUCAUGUCCGGUGGUCAACGUCGACGAUACUUCUGGCACGGAAGCGAACUUCUGGCAUAUCCGGGUGCAGAAGCUGCUGUUACAACAACGACAAAAGGACAAUGCUCAUCGAAGGAGCGGCGCCUCCUCUCUGUGCCGCUACUGGGACGUGCAGGUCUUCGGUACUAGUGAAGAUGAUCGGUAUGGCCGCCAGCCCGUGAAAAAUAACAACAACAAGUAUCGCAUGCUAUAUUCCGCCAUGGACCACUUUCACGCAGCGGAGCAACGACAACCACAACGCGAACGCGUCCCCAGCCGUACGACCGCACCAGGUGGAGGAGCGCUGUCGAGGAAGAAGCGACAGGUUGAGGAGGAAGAAUCCGAACUGAUUCACCAACAGGUUAAUGUCGACGUGCACCAAGAAGUAACCUCGGCCCGACGUCCUGCAGAACCCGUUGCAUUGGACGGUGGUCCUCCCCACGAGCACGAGCUGCAGUUCGCCACGAGCAGUAGGAUUGCCGAGAAAUUUGACCGCGCCAGGCUGGAGCAGAAACUCACCAAGUUUCAGCGGUUCGAGACCGUCUCUGGAAGUUGCAAUAACGAGUUGGAUCUGGGGUUGCUACCGGCGUUGUGCCAGGACUAUUACGACGACAUGGACAAUAAAAUGUUGCAAACGCUCUGCUUAUUCUUCGACGGCUCUUGCGCCAAGGCUGCAACUAACGAGCAGGAGCAUUAUGCCCUUGACCACGACAUGGACAUUUUUACCAACCAACCAGUAGUCGCCGACAGCGCCGCUGUACUAGAAGAGAACGAUCAUCCACGACUACCAGAUAAAGUUCUUCGUCCCCGCCCUCCAAGAACUCCCUGCUUCCUCACCGUGGGCCAGUCCUGGGCGCCGCUGCUGCUCUUCUACGUGAACCUAUGCAAGAAAAAAACUGUGUAAGUGUAACUCUGUAAUGCAGAACAUGCAUCAGAGUUACACCUGUCAUGCCAGACAGCCAUGAAGUCCUCUUUUCACGUGUGUUUUCCCUUACAAGCCGCGCAUGACAGGCUUUCUCUGUCAUGUGGAGCAAAUUUGUGAUGCUGUCAACCAAAGAAAGUUACACUAACACAGUUUUUUUCUUGGAUAGAACCAACCGGUGGUCUUUUUCGUCGAUUUUGACCCGAAAGUAUUACAAUGAAAAAUGCCCCCACCCCCGAACUUGGGAGCAUUUGUAUUGCAAACCUUUCCAAGUGAAACACUCGCCCUCUUGCAUCUAUCAGCAUCACAGAUUUCCCAGCAUGAAUAGCAAAAAUUUGCAUUGCAAAAGAUCCCAGCAAGAGUGCCGCUUGCCAUGCAAGCAAUGCUAUAUAAUACGCAUAGAUUCUGCAUCACGAAGAUUCAUUAUUCCUUUACAUGCAUGACAAAAAGUUUUCCUUUGGAAACCUCGCAUCACGAACUAUUGCAACUUUGGGAGUGGGGACAUUUUUCACUGUAAUAGAAAGAAUUGUUGAAAGUCGCGAUUCGGAACGAGUUUUGCGCGCGGCUCGGCGGAAAGAUAGGAAACAAGGACGAGGUUGAUGUUGAUGUUGAUGUUAUUCAAAAUGGGACGACGUCGAACUACGAUAUCACUUCGUCAUCAACUACAACUUUUACUCCCUUCACCGACGCACUCGAGGAGACGGUGGCGUUUUUGAAGGCACGACAACAAACUACUACGAGCGGUGAAGAGAUGUUGAAUGAUCAAAUGGUCCUUCUGGAGGAGAGAAUUCUGGACCUGUUGCAGGAGCUGUUGCCACUGACGGCAAUGACGAGCGAAGGUGCCGGUUCCAGUCUGUACCAGACCCGUCUCUGCACCGAGGGCUGGACAACAUCUUUUCCAAGUCCCAGUUGUUGUGCAGCCAGGAGCACUCCUGCCGUACUCUAUGAUGAGAACAAGUCUGUCAUGCAGUUGCAGACCACUGCAGCCACGACAUCUGUAGUCAACGAUGUUCUGCAACACAAAUCCUACUCCCUUGCCUUCCUCCAGUUGCUCCAUGCGGUUCGGUUUCGCGAUGUUGCUUGUAGUGCGACUUGUAGUUCAACAACAUCAACAAUUUCAACUCCUACUUCACCGCAACAGCAGCUUCAAGUAGUCUACCGCCACGUGAAUUUACUCGAAGACGCUUGGGAGUUCAACAAUUUAGUCUUCGAGCACAACCUGUACCUGAAAUACCAGAAUUGGUCCAAUGUGCUGCAGUACAUUCCCUGUAAUAACGGCGAGCCGUGGCGCAUCGCCAGGGCGAAACUCGAGUUGUAUAGCAGCGAGAGUCGUGCACCAGCACCGUUGAUUUCAUCUUGCAGUACCGUAGCCACAUCAAGUAUGACCACGAAUAAAUUCGUCGAGUCCUACUCCCGUUCCCCACACGGCGGCUUGUCCAGAGUGAUGGUGGACUGGAAGAAGUAUUUGGAUUGGCGGGAGGGAAAAGUUUUAUUCCUUGACGAGACGAACACGAUUGCGAAUAGUAGACGGGGAGACGGACCGACAGGUCGUGGCAGCAUGUUGCAGCAGCAGCUCUCAACUACGGAGGACACCAACAACAAUCAACAUCAAGUUGUCAGCGACAUUUUUCUCGCGUUCGGAGAGGAUUUAUUUUCGCAAGACGAAGAAGAUGAAGACUACACAUCAGACCUCCAAGAACGCGGCGACCGCGCGCCGCGACACCGCGACAUUUGCCGGAGACAGGACAGAGCAGAUAGAACAGCGGCGCUGAAUCUAACGAGGAGUCACAGCCACGAUCAUGAAGUGGCUCAGUGGGGCGGUCCUGAUAUUGAAAUGGAGGACCGGGAAGCACUGCAAAGCAACGCAAAUUCAAAUCCUGCGCUACUAGAUUUAAACGCCAAAGAGACGAAGAGCAGCAGCAUCACAAAUACUUCUACUUCUGGUACUAUCAAAAGCGCCCUGGCGUCAGCUUUCGCCAUUUUCUAAAAAGACCAAGUGAGCAAUAAAACGCACACAAAUUAUAAUGCAGAAUUUCAACAAGAAAAACGGUGCCGCACUAAACAUCAUCACCGAGCAGGAAAAGAUAACAUGGUGCAGAUGGCUCUUUUUAUAUACUUCAUGUAGGUAGUUAGUACUAAAUACCAAGCCACCCCUAAAAUUAACUCAAAGAAUUUUCACAUGAAGCGACAAAGAUUUUUUGAAAAAAAGUUAGUCAUUUUUCAUCUCGUACAAAAGGCAGACUGGGAACAACGCAUGCCUGAUUUUCAUAUGAAUACCCCAGAACUAAACGACGCAUGGUCCUCUUACUUUUGCGCACAAACGAAAUCAUACUUCUAGUCAGCCCCAUACUCACAGAUCAUAUUCAUUUUCGCACACGACUGCUGUA